AUGAAGGUCAUCGGGGCUGAUGAUCUGCCGGUUACAAUUCGGAAGAGAGUCGAGCUUACCGAAUUGUUAGCUUCUGCUGGAAUCGAGUUGGACAAGUGGGCUGCGAACGAUCAGGAACUGCUUCCAGAUUCAGCACAGCAGGAUAAUUUCAAGUUCAACGCUGUUAACCUCGAGAACGUGGCUGCAGCUUAUAUGAAGAGGUCUGUCCUCUCGAACAUCGCUCGUUUAUUCGACCCGUUAGGUUGGCUCGCUCCAGUCACGGUCAUGGCGAAGAUUUUGAUGCAGGAUAUGUGGAUUCUGAAGUGCGAUUGGUAUUCACCCUUACCAGCUGAGAUUCGUGAGCGCUGGUAUGAUUAUUGCAAGGGUUUAUCCGCAUUGCCAUCUUUGUCCAUCGAGCGUUGGUUAGGUGGUACGGUGAAUUGCUCUUACCAGAUCCAUGGGUUUUCGGAUGCUUCUUCUCGAGCGUAUGCUGCUGUGGUGUAUCUGCGAAUCGACGAGGGUAAUGGACGUUUUUGGGUUUCGUUAUUAGCGGCUAAGUCAAAGGUAGCUCCGGUGAAAACGGUGAGCAUUCCCAAUUUGGAGUUGUGUGGUGCAGCUCUUCUGGUCAAGCUCAUCCUGCACGUGACAAAGCUGGAGUUUCUACGAGGGUUACCAAUAUUCGCUUGGUCCGAUAGUCAGAUCGUGCUAACAUGGCUUCGUAAGCAUCCGUGUCACUGGAAGACCUUCGUAGCUAAUCGAGUUUCGUUGAUCCAAACUGAGUUGCCGUCGGCAACGUGGGCUCACGUUCCGACAAAGGAGAAUCCGGCUGACUUGGCGACGCGAGGAGUUCAGCCGAGAGAGUUGGCUAACUGUGCUCUUUGGUGUCAGUGCCCGGCGUGGCUAUCACUGUCUCCAACUGAGUGGGCUCAGCCUGCUGACCCGGUUCGAGUUAAUCACGCUCGUCCAAGAUCCGAGGAAUCCGAGAUUCUGACUUGA